AUGCAAGCUCCUCCUCCAGCUACUAACGGCCCAGUGAUUGCAGGCUAUUUUGCCAAUUGGGGUAUUUAUGAUCGAAAGUACAAUGUCAUAGACGUAGCAGCGCAAGCAAGCAAGUUAACGCACAUUUUGUACGCUUUUGCUAAUCUUCAAGAAGACGGCCAAGUUGUUCUCGGGGAUGCAUAUGCCGACAAGGAAAAGCACUUCCCUGCGAACGAGUGUGUCAAUGGCAGAGAGGAUAGUUGGAAUGAUCAGGGCAACAACCUAUAUGGUAAUUUCAAGCAGUUCUAUCUACUCAAGCAACAGCAUCGUCAUUUAAAGGUAUCGCUCAGUGUGGGUGGUUGGACAUGGUCCAAAAAUUUCGCCACAGUAGCCUCUGAUCCGGCUAAACGUCAACGGUUCAUUCAAACCAGCAUUAGACUGAUUGCAGAUCUGGGUUUGGAUGGCUUGGAUAUCGAUUGGGAGUACCCCAAGAGCGACCAGGAAGCAUUUCAUUAUGUGCAUUUGUUAUACGAGACUCGUAUCGCAUUGGAUGCUUAUCAACAGCAAUGCAACCAAUUGAAUCAACCUCGUCUUCUGUUAACUGUCGCCGUGCCUUGUGGACCUGAACAUUAUAGGAAAUUACGCUUGGCUGAAAUGCAACCUUAUGUUGAUAUAUUCUACCUCAUGGCAUACGAUUAUGCUGGUUCCUGGGAUAGUAAAACGGGCCACCAAGCUGCCAUGUUUGGUGGCACACUAAACACUGAUCAAGCUGUCAAUGAUUACUUGGCCGCAGGUGUUCCUCCCAACAAACUGGUCAUGGGCUUACCUGUGUAUGGUCGUGGAUUCUCUAAUACAGAUGGUCCAGAAUGUGGAUUCCAAGGUGUCCCGAAAGGCACAUGGGAGGAAGGCCAGUUUGACUACAAAUGUCUACCAAAGCCUGGCGCUACUGAAUACAACGAUCAUCAGAGAAUGGCUUCUUGGUCUUACGAUCCCAACGCUAGGGAAUUCAUCACUUACGAUACGCCACAGAUUGUCACUCAGAAAUGUGAUUACAUACAGCGAAGACAUUUGGGCGGUGCCAUGUUUUGGGAAUUGAGUGCUGAUCGUAUUCCAAAUGAUCCUCGCAAUUUGGUCAACACAGUAUAUGAAGCUUUCGGUAGAAGAACAGAUCAGAUUCCAAAUCACCUUGAUUAUCCAAACAGCGAAUUUGACAAUAUGAAGAAUCACAUGAAAUAG